AUGGCCGGGGCAGCGGAGAACGAGGCAGGGCCUGCGGACGGCCAGCCCAGGGCGGCGGGGACCGAGAUCCUCGUCCGGCUGAGGGGCUACCGCGUUUACGCGCGCCGCUGGGUCUUCCUGCUGGCGGUCAGCCUGCUCAGCUGUUCCAACGCCACGCUAUGGCUCAGCUUCGCGCCCGUGGCCGACACCUUCGCCAAGUACUUCCACCUGUCUGUUGAGCAGGUCAACUGGCUGUCCCUCAUCUACCUGGUGCUGUCCAUCCCCUUCGGGCUGGUGUCCAUCUGGUUCCUGGACUCGGUCGGGCUCCGGGGCGCAACCAUCCUGGGCGCGUGGCUGAACUUCCUGGGGAGCAUCCUGCGUAGUCUGCCUGGCAUCAUCGCCUCGCUCCAGUACCCAUUUGCCUACCUCAUGGUGGGGCAGAGCCUCUGUGCGCUGGCCCAGACCCUGGUGGUCUUCUCUCCUGCCAAGCUGGCCGCCCUGUGGUUCCCGGAGCACCAGCGAGCCACAGCCAACAUGAUCGGCACCAUGUCAAACCCCCUGGGCAUCCUCCUGGCCAAUGUGCUGUCGCCUGCUGUGGUCAAGAAGGAGGAGGACAUCCUCUUGAUGCUCGGCAUCUACAUCAUCCCUGCUGGCGUUGCCUGCCUGCUGGCCACCACGUGUCUCUGUGAAAGCGUCCCACCCACCCCUCCCUCAGCCGGAGCUGCCAGCUCCACCUCGGAAAAGUUCCUCGAUGGGCUGAAACUGCUCGUGAAGAACAAGGCUUACAUCAUCUUGGCACUGUGCUUCGGGGCUGGCAUCGGCAUCUUCUCCAGCUUCUCCGCCUUCCUGGAGCAGAUCCUCUGUGUGAAGGGCUAUUCCAAUGAUUUCGCCGGCCUCUGUGGCGCCCUCUUCAUCGUGUUUGGGUUACUGGGCGCACUGGGCCUUGGCUUGUACGUGGACAGGACCAAGCACUUCACGGAGGCCACGAAGAUUGGCUUCUGCCUGACCUCCAUGGCCUGUGUGGCCUUCUCUGUGGUGUCCCAGCUGCGAGGACAGAAGGUCUGGCUGGCGGUCAUCUGUUCCCUGUUCGGCUUCUUCGGCAUGUCCAUCGCGCCGGUCGUAAUGGAGCUGGCCAUAGAGUGCUCCUUCCCCGUGGGCGAAGGUGCCGCCACCGGCCUGGUCUUCGUGCUGGGACAGAUGGAGGGUGUGCUCGUCAUGGUGCUGAUGACGGUGCUGACCACGAGACAAGCAGGGGGGACCUUCUCCACCUGCCAGCACGGGGACGACGCCCUGGACUGGACUGCGUCCUUGCUGCUGAUGGCCGGCCUGUGUACUGCGUGCUGCUGCGUGUUUGUACUCUUCUUCCACACCCCCUACCGGCGUCUGCAGGUCGAGGCCAGAGCCUCUCCAUCCAUCCAGGAGAACUGUGUCCAGGAGGACGCUGACCCUUUCCCCUCCUGGCAGUCGCACCCCAAGCCCCCGGCUCUGCCUCCACAGCUGACAGUUACUGGAGAGUCCAAUGACUGUCUUGGCCCCACCCCUGGGGAUCUUUGA